GUUGUCACAAGCUGAAGGAUGCUGGGUCGAAGUGCGCAAGGGCUCAGGGCAUCGUGCGCGGUGGCGUCCCGAUGCAUGUCGUCUGUGCAAUUCAACGAAGAUGCCAGAAGAAACAGCAGCGCCAUUGAGAGAGCUGUCGCCGAAGCGACAGCGUUACUGAGGCAGCGAUUGCACGAUGCCGAGGUCGAGAAUGCCCAGCUUCGAUUGGCAUUGAAGAAUGCAACCAUGCAUCGGCCCGAUCAACCGCCGAGCGUGGUGAAAGCAAAGACUCCUGCGGCGUCUGCCACGGUGAAACCACGUGCGUCGUUGGUGGAACACAAACCAGCAGGCCUUGAUGCAACCGACUGCCUUCGACCUGUCCAAGAAGAGGCAGCAGGAUUUCCCACCGAAGCCAAGAUGAAGAGCGACCUGUACGGCGGCUCCACACCCGUUCAAUUCUACUUUCGUCUGAUCGAAUGCACAAGAAAGUACAUGCUGUCUCCCAAACUCCGAAAGACUCUGUCAACGAUGCCGCUGCUGGAAAUGUCGUGGACGUCCAAGGAAGCGCCAGCGAUCCUGACGGCUCUGGUUUUGCUGGACCGUCUGAACGACGCCAAGGUGUUUGCGUCCCGGUACGGAUCGGACUUGGCACUCCAGCACCGCUUCAUGGCCCAAGCAUCCCGCGUCAAGUGUCCCGACGUCGCUAUUUCCAUCCUCGCCAACGUGGCAGACGUCCACUCGGCCGACGCGAUCGAUGCUUAUUUAUACACCGGGGCGAUCUCGGCUUGCAGCAACGGGCCCGCCGAGUUUGUCCCGAUGGCGUUUGAAUUGUUCGAGGACUUGAUCCGCGCGCCCCACGUCGAUGCCACUGCGCUCACGUACGCCGCUGUGCUCAGCGCGUGUUCGCGUCUGGACAAAUGGGACUACGCGAUGCGCGUGCUGCGGAUGAUUCAAGCACUGCCGGAUCGAGCGGACGUGAUCGCGACCGUGAUCCAAACAGUGGGGCUGGCCAACCAUCACGAAUUCGCGUUUCGGUUGUUCAAGUUUGCGUUGGACGCCCACCUGCCGCUGCCGGAGCGGGCCGUGCGGGUGGCGCUGUCGUCGUGCGCCAAAGUGUCGAAUCGAGACAGCGCCGUCGACCGCCUGGACAAGUUGCUGCAGUCGGUGCUGUCACCGUCCGCUGCGACGCCGUCGUAUUCGCUCAAGCUGUACAACGCGCUCAUUGCCGCUUAUGCCAACCUCGAGCCGGCCACGAGCUUUGACGUGUACGAUGCGUUGCACGCACGCGGAUUCGUUCCCGACAUUUACACGUACAACAGCGUGCUGCUCGCUUGCGUCCGCGCCCGGGACAUUCCCCGCGGCCUCGCACUCUUCCGCGCCAUGCCGGUGCAAUUCGACCUCGUCACGAUCUGUACAAUGCUGCAACUGUGUCGCCAGUCCAGCAACGACGUCGACGCGGCCGUGCAAAUGGCCACGGACCUGUACUUUGACGGGCUGAAUGCGUUUGGGCCGUCCAUCACGCUCUACGAAGAGUAUUUGGAGACCCUCGUCGAGCACGAGCGCGUCGAGAUGGCCGUUCAGUUGUACGACAAGAAUCGCCGACUCGCCGACUUUAUGCGAACGUCCAAGUUGCUCAACCUGUUGCUUCGUGCAACCAAGCACGACGUUGCAACAGCUCAGCGCAUCUUUGACGACUUUGCCAAUCGCAACGUCCCGGUUGCGUCCGUGAGCUGGAACCACCUGAUGGCGGCAUACAUCGCCGCCAACGACCUCGGCCGCGCCGAACAGGUCUUGAUCAAGAUGCAGCAGCUCCAGGUCGCAACUGUCUUUAGCUACCAGCUUCUCAUGGCGGCGUACUACAACUCGAAGGAGUACACGCACUGCGCUCGCAUAUUCGACCAAUUCGACGGCCUCCGGUUCCAGCGCAUGCACUCGGGCAUCCACGCGAAGCCGCAAAAAGUGCCCCAAUCCGGCGUGGUCAUUCUCGCGUCGCGAGCACUGUACGAACUCAAGGACUAUCGUGCUGUUGUGGCCAUGGCGCCGUCGUUCCAUGCGCCGCGGCUGAGCCAGCUCACGGACGGGUGCAAGAAGGAGCUCGUUCGACAAGCCAUUCUCGCCAGCGAACAACUCGACGACUGGCAAUCGUGCGUUCAGUUGUACGGCGAGAUGGUGCGUGCCGGCGUGUCCGACGUGAAGGCGUACGAGGCGACUGUGCGAGCCGUCGCCAAGGCUGGCGAGUUUGAGGCCGCCCUCGACGUGAACGGUGGCGACUGGUACCGCAAUGACCGUCACGACAAGCACUCGAAAGGGUGGUUUGCGCCCCAAGACGACUGACAACGAUAUAGACUGUUAGAUAGAGUGCCCUCGAACACAUCGACGGCGUUGCCCUUGACACAGUGUUCGUUGUUGACAUGAUUCUCGCGCGAUAUCAUGCAGGCGCUAAAAACCUGCGGGAAGA